AAGUGUCGCAUUGGAGACCGUGAAAAGUCAAAUGAGAAGUUAAUUUUAGGACGGAGGGAGUAUUAGAUUUUAAUGGUUGAUUAGUGGCAAAUAGUGCAAUCCAAAUCCGAUACUAGCCAAAACUCUAUGUUUAGAAUAAUUUGAUCCCAAUAUAAUUGAAAAGAAUCGAACUUGGAUUUUACCUCUUGUCUUGCCAACUAAGGAAGGCCCGCCCUCAAUAAUAGCCCUAUAAAUCUGAUGGGACGACGCCACUGAGAUCCAUAGACGGAGUACUAUGUUUUCUACCAUAUCUUCUUCUUCAAGCUUAGCUUGCAGUAUCAGGAUGGGCUCCGUUUGGUUUCUGAUUCUGUGCAUUCUGGGAAGUGCAGGCCCCGUUCUCUCCAAGUUGCAGACCAAUUUCUACUCCCAAACGUGCCCCAAUGCCGAGAGCCUCAUCAAGGACUUCGUCAAAACCCACAUUUCAAAUGCCCCUUCUCUUGCAGCCCCCCUGCUCCGGAUGCACUUCCACGAUUGCUUCGUCAGGGGUUGUGACGGGUCAGUGCUUCUGAAUAGCACGAGCAGCACGGGGAACCAAACCGAGAAGGUGGCUCCUCCGAACCAGACGCUGAGAGGGUUCGACUUCAUCGACAGGGUGAAGAGGGAGGUGGAGAAAGUGUGCCCCGGGGUCGUUUCGUGUGCCGAUGUUCUCGCUCUCACCGCCAGAGACGCCGUCGUCGCUAUUGGAGGGCCGUCAUGGAAUGUCCCGACGGGUCGGCGGGACGGAUUGUUUUCGAACGCAUCGGAGGCGACGAACAACAUCCCGGCCCCCACCAGCAACUUCACUAACCUCCGGACACUCUUUGCCAACCAGGGUCUUAACCUUACCGACCUCGUCCUCCUAUCUGGGGCACACACGAUCGGCUUAUCGCACUGCUCGUCGUUCUCGGCCCGCCUUUACAACUUCAACGGGACGAACGGGUCCCAGGACCCGGCAUUGGACAGCGAGUACGCGGCCAACCUGAGGAGCAAGAAGUGCCGGUCGGCGAACGACAACACGACGAGGGUGGAGAUGGACCCGGGGAGCUUCCGGACAUUCGAUCUCGGGUACUACGCCCAAGUCCUCAAGAGGAGGGGGCUGUUCCAGUCCGACGCGGCGUUGCUGACGAGCAACGCCACGCUGGCCCUGGUCAAUGCCCUCGCGAGUGGGUCCCUGCAGAGCUUCGAAGCUCAGUUCGCCAUGUCCAUGGAGAAGAUGGGGAGGAUUAAUGUGAUGACAGGGACACAAGGGGAAAUUCGGGGGAACUGUGCGGUCACGAACAGUUGAAAUAUUAUUAUUAUUUCGUCUAUACAUUGGUUUGUUUGUUUUUCUUUAAGAAAUAUUGUAUGGUUCGUAUUAAUUUGUAUUAGCUGUGUGGUGCAUGUGACCUGCACGUGUGGAGUUAUUUGUUCGGUUGUCAAUUCUUGCGCCACAGCUUUGUUUUGUACUAAUUGAAAUUGUAAUGGAAUUCAUGUUCAUAAAGUUGUGCACUACAAUCUACAUUAUAUUACUACGUAUUCAAAAAAAAAAGGGUGGUCUAAUCAAUUUUACUAUCUCGU